CAAAGUUAUGACUUCUCUUUUAAUAUAUAAGAUAUUAUUAUUAUUAUAUUAUUAUUAUUAUUAUUAUUAUUAUUAUUAUUAUCAUUAUCAUCAUCAUCUUGUGUUCAUGUUUUUUAUAUAUAUUUAAUAUUUAUUUGAGUACUAUUGGACUGCUCACCUAAAUCCAUAGAUUGAUAACUUUUGUUUGGAGUUUAUUCAUCAAUUGAACUUUUCAAUUAUUGUUUGGACACGGUUAGGUCAUAGAACCACUAAAGUUAAUGUUAUACAAAAAUAUACAUGCUAAUUAACUCCUUAAUGCUUCAUUUCAACAAAAAAAGAAUCACCAUUAUGAAUAAAAGAAAACACAAAAUCUGCCUUCAGUCAAAAAAAAAAUCAAUUUUAAUAUGUAGAUUAUAUUCGCUUUAUUAUUUGGUUUCUGUUUAUGUAGCAAACUCUUCUUGUUAUGAAACAUGCCUGAACUUUAACCAACAUUGCUUACCUUUCCUAUAAACAUACUACUUUUUGCUAAUCACUUCAUUAACAAGCGUACGCCUUCUUUGUCUAGAAAUGACUUCGUAAUGGGUCCAAUUAAAGAUGUAAUUAGCCAGCUAAGCUUUAGGUGAUCAGUCUUUGUAUAUGUUUAAUAACACUACUCAGAAACUUGCACUCGGUCUCUAAGAUACUUACUCAUCAGUUGCAAAUUAGUGUCACUUCAAUCUAAGUUAGUUUUUAAUCAAAUCUUCUUACCAAAUUAUCUUGUAAGUUUCUUUUAAAGGUAGAUAGAGAUCCAUAUCCAUGGAUUAUUUGGUAUUUUUAGAAAACCUGAAAUGAUAAACUGUUAAAAAAAAGUCACAAGGGAUCCGAUGGAGCUAAUUAGACAUGCUAAAAGUGAAUGUCAUGCUUGGUUUGACGCAAACUUAAAGAUCCCAAAUUAUGCACAUCUACCACACCAAACUUAAAGUGAAUAUACAAGCCUUACGCUUGCAGAGUAUUUGUUUGGUAGAUGGGUCAUAUACUUUGGAGUCAUAACAUAGUGGAUAUGGUUGGGUAUGCCUAAAUGAAUUUGGAAAUCAAUAAUUCCCUAGGGUUGAAAAACAAAGAGAGACGAGUGUUUCCUCUGCAUUUAGAAUUAGAUGCUCUUAUUUGGUCCAUGAAAAUAUGCUUCAACACACAACAUGUCAACACUUUGGGAUGGACUGCAAGGAUGUCGUUGUAAUGAUCAAGAUCCGACAUCAUGGCCAAGUUUUUCUAGAAACUAGCAGAGCUAGCAUCUAUUAAACGAUGAUUCCACGACUUCAAGAUCACGCAUGUUCCAAGGAUGCUGAACCGGAUAGCAGACACUUUAGUCAAGUCUGUCCGAGUUUUUCAUAUGAGUUUAGUUUUUGUUGGUUGUUCUAUUCCGAUUUGGAUUCUCAGACCACUUCUAUCUUGACUAAUAGAAUAUCCUUUUGGAUGUAAAAAAAGUUUUGUUUAAUAGAAUAUACUCUUAUCAUAUUAGCUUACAAUGGUCAUAGGUAAUGGUCUUUUAUAAAACAAAAAUAAUACGCAUGCCUGGCCCUGGACAACUCUUAAAAACAAGGGCAGUAAGCACAAAAAAGGAGCUUUCAAACUGAACUACUGAUACUAUUUAGUAAUGGCUGAAAAAUGUAUAUGCUAUCAAAGACCGGACGCAGAUGCUUCUACCGCAACUGAUAGUGCAUACAAGAAUUGGCUUAUUGCCAUAUUAAAUAUUUUUCAUUUGCAUGUUCUUGCCUGUUUGCUGUUAUUUUACAAGUCAAUGGACAAACGACAUGGUGAUUAGAUACGCUGAAGCUGGACAGAGUGUGAAAGUUGGAUGAUGAUGAUGAAGUGGUAAGCAUCUUUGCAAUAACCCGUUCUGUUUUAUAGCAUAAACUCUUCAAGAUAAAUUAUUCAUCUCCCUCUUAUCCUAUUAGUUUAAUUACAAUGGUCAUAGAUAAUGGUCUAUUGUAAAACGUAGAUAGUAUGUACAAGAAGUGUCUUAUCGCCAUUAAAUAUUUUUCAUUUGCGUGUCUUGACAUGUAUGUUGUUAUAUUCAAAGUCAAUGGAGAAACGGACAUGGUGACUACGUUGAAGCAGAACAAAGUGUGAAAGUUGGAUGAUGGUGAUGAAGUGGUAAGCAUCUUUGCACUAGACCCGUUUAUCUAGUUAAAAUGACAAUCCUUAAGAUACUUGAGUAGUGUGCUUGAUGAAUAUGUAUAAUUAUGGUUGCUUAUGUAUUGUCUAUGUGCCCAGAUAUUCCUGGAGAAAACAGCUGAUCAAAGUAUGUAUUCCUUGAUAUUUAUAGCUGAUCACUAGACUUCAUAUCAGCACACAAUAUUUUUUUAGUACGUAAAAAUAAGGGGUUAUUUGUGAAAUAACCAAAAAAUAAUGGAAAAUUAGAUUCUUAGUAAGAAAGUAAAGAGAGAUAGGAAGAAAAAUAAAGAAAGAGAGAGUGAUUUUGGUUAGUUAGUGAAUUUGUGUUUUUUUCUUGUACAUUGGGCAUAAUUUCCCUUAAAAUAAAACAUAAUAGCUAAGACACAUUAGAUACUAUCUUAUCCAUUGCAUAUAAUGGAUUUAGAUAAUGUCAUCAUUUCAUGUAUCUGUUUAUUUAUUCACACCACCAAUCUGUUUAUAUGCUUUGUGAAGUUAAUGUCAUAUGUCAAUCAUUUCAAAUCCUCAUCAACUAAAUGGGAUUAUCAGAUUGUAGGUUGCCGGAUGAAGUUAACGACCCAAGUAAAGAACACACCGAGAAGUUAAUCGGCGAGGGUUUUAUGUUUACUCGUGAGAUUACUUUUUGGUAAGAUGCUGCUACCUUGGAAAUUAUGGGUACAUCAACUUUAAGCUUGAACUUUGAUGCAACAUUCUAAAGGAGAUAAUAUUUUAAUGCUUGCACCGUGACUAGAUUUCAAGAAUAUUUUAUUCGACAUAUGCUAAAGAUUAAUUAUGGCCAUAUUUUACAUUGUUUUUUUUUUUUGAACAAACUCAUAUUUUACAUUGUAAUAUGCAUAUUUGUAAUGCAGGUGAUUAUUUGACCCCCCCAAAAAAAGUAAUGGUGGUGAUUUUAUUCGACAAAUAUCAAUGGUGGUGAUUUCUCCCGAUUUAUAAGGAAUUUGUAUCCGACGUGUUUGAACUAUCUUUUCAUUUUGAUGUCAUUUCCUUUCACUGGAUCUCAAGGGAGGAAAACACUGACAAAACAGUGUCUUGUAGAGGGUGAACUCUUUAUGGCUGGAAGCUAACACCACCUAAUGCAUUAAUAUAAGCUGUGUUUCAAAAGAAAGUAAACUAAGCAGUGGUAGUUCGGUAUAAAAGCUGAUUGGAGGUAAAACAUAAAUGUAAAUAUGUUUAGUUGGCUGAGGAUAGUAAGUACUGUGUUUUAGGCUUCGUUUGAAAAAAUGAAGCUGGACUAUUGUACUUUUUUUUUGUGACAUGGCUGGACUAUUGUACUUUGACUCAUAUAUAUAUAGUUAUGCUGAAAAUAGGAAUAUAUUAAAUUUGUUAAAAACUAAAAACCAUUUAUUAAGAUAUUUUAUUAGCUCAAUUGUCUGAAGUCCUUUUCCACUUGCAGUGUAAACAUUCUCGGCCACAAAAGAAGACGAGCAAUUCCUAAGUAUCUAUUGUCCAACCAAUGACUUAAAAAGAUCUCAACGUUUUCCGCAAUCCUCUUCACAUAAACACCAUAUGAGUCUUCAUCCACCGACCUCUCUCUCUCUCCAUCAAAGCUAUGGUGACUCUCUGUUUUCAACACUCUGUUUCUCUCUUUGUGACAAUGGUGGUGGUUAUUGUUCUUCUUCUUCUCCUUCCUCAUAUAACACUUUCUGCUACUUCAACACAUUCUCGUCCUUCCGACAAGCUUUACGUCAACUGUGGGUCGGAUUCUAACGUCACUUAUGCUGAUCAGACUUUCGUUGGAGAUAUGAUCCUCUCCAGUGGUAACUCCAUAUCCUUCACCAGAGAAGGAACUGAAGUCAUCAACCAAUCUGGAUCGUCCACUGCGCCGGAAAUCUAUCGGACGGCUAGGAUCUUCAGACGCCCUUCUCAUUACAAGUUCCAGCUCGGUUCUCUUGGUCUACACUUCCUGCGUCUCCACUUCUCCGCCGACUCUUCUCGAACAGAGCUUUCAACCGCUCGUUUCACAGUCUCUGCCACUUCCGGUUCUAACCGUCCCUUGAGAAGUUUCUCGCUUCAGAACUUCAACGAGACCCCACGAGUUGAAGAGUUUCUCCUCAUGAUUAACUCGCCAAAACUCGAAAUCCGCUUCGUGCCGGACCGCUCCUCUGUUGCUCUCGUCAGCGCCAUUGAAGUGUUCUCCGCUCCUAAUGACCUCACAGAGUCGGCCAAGAAUCUGCGUACCAUUUACAGAUUAAACGUAGGAGGCAAGAAAACCAGACCAGAAGACGACACGUUGGGACGAACUUGGUCCCCAGACGAUGCAUUUCUCUACCGAAAAGAUUCAGCCAGAAACAUUUCAUCGACGCAAAAGCCUAACCACCAGUCCGGGUCGGAACUCAUUGCUCCUGACUUCGUCUACCGGACGGCUAAAACGAUAGUUUCUUCUGAAAUGAUAUCUAUGAUAAACGUUACAUGGUCUUUUAAGGUCAAAAUCAACUAUAGACACUUCAUCAGGGCUCACUUCUUUGAUAUCAAGAACAACGAAUCACAACCCUCCGAUUUUUAUCUCUAUGUAAAUGGGCAUUGGCGUCUAUAUGUCAACCCUUUUGAUCACCAUGGGUCAGUGACUCCGUUCUAUAUCGAUGUUGUUAAUGUCUCUGAUGGCUCUGGACUUUUGAAUAUUAGUCUAGGCAAUACGGAACCAUAUAAGGAUGCUGGUUUUUUGAACGGUCUGGAAGUGAUGGAGUUUUUGGAAAGUUCUUCAAAUGGAAGUAGUUAUCGGGUUUACAUUAUCGCUGGCUGUGCCGCUCUUGCAUUGGUUUUAGUAUUGGGUUUGUUGUUUAUACUUUUCUUGAAGCUGAGGCGAUCCAAGAAGAUGCAGCCAGAAGUUGAGGUCACUGUGUGGUCUCCUUUGCCGUUGUACAGAGGAGGUGGGAGUUCCGAGAAUGGACCUUUUUAUUCGGGCAACAAUUCACCUUUAGUCAACCUAAGCUUAGGCUUGAAGAUUCCCUUCAAAGACAUUUUGAUAGCUACAAACAAUUUCGACGAGCAGCUGUUGAUCGGGAAAGGCGGUUUCGGAGAUGUUUACAAAGCCAUUCUUCCAGAUGAAAGCAAAGUGGCUAUCAAGAGAGGCAAGCCCGGUUCCGGACAAGGCAUACUCGAGUUUCAAACAGAGAUUCAAGUCUUGUCAAGAAUCUGGCACAGGCAUCUUGUUUCUCUAACGGGCUACUGCGAUGAAAACUCGGAGAUGAUCCUUGUCUACGAGUUUAUCGAAAAAGGUACGCUUCAGGAGCAUCUAUACGGCUCGGAUUUGCCUUCCUUGUCGUGGAAACAGAGGCUGGAGAUUUGCAUCGGAGCAGCCAGAGGACUGCAUUAUCUCCACAGCGGCUCGGAAGAAGCAAUCAUUCACAGAGAUGUUAAAUCCACAAACAUAUUACUAGACGAGAACACUGUUGCCAAAGUUGCUGACUUCGGCAUAUCAAAACUCGUGGUUCGUAAUCAAGAAUCGAUCAGUAUCAGUACCAACAUCAAAGGAACGUACGGUUACCUUGAUCCUGAGUACAUGUACACGCGCAUCUUGACGGAGAAAUCAGAUGUGUACUCGUUUGGAGUUGUUCUCCUCGAGGUUUUGUGCGCGAGACCGGCUCUCAGUAGGCACCUUCCUUCUGAGGAACAGAACCUAGCGGACUGGGCGAUGUCAUGCAAAUCGAGGAAGAUAGUUGAUAAGAUUGUAGACCAAAGAUUGGUAGGUCAAAUUGAGCCGAACGUUUUGAGGAAAUUCAUGGAAGUCGCGGAGAAAUGUCUUAAGGAUAGUGGAGACGAGAGGCCGAGCAUGGCGGAUGUGAGCUGGGAACUGGAAUACAUUUUGCGGCUUCAGAUGAUGACGAUUCUUGGAGAUAGUGCUGCGUCUAUCUCCAGCUGUGGAGGGGAUGGCUCCUUGGUGAUUCCAAGGCUAAUGGUGAGUGAUUCGUUUAGCUGCAACUCGAUUGUACAGGAGGAUCAAGUGAAGAAAUAUGGAAGUACAAAUUCAUCUCGUUCUCAAACUCGAGUUUUGUCCCAAGUUAGAGAGGAACCGUUACGAAAUUAACGAAGUGGAUGGUGCACUUUUUUGGUCUAGAGGUAAUAAGAGUUUGUAAAAAGAGUCAUCAUUUCAAAGAUGUAAGAAAUAGGAAAAAAAAAAAGAGUCUCAAAUCAAACUACGGCUAUUCAUUUCGUACUUCAAAUGCAGUUAGGAGCUGUUAUUUAUUUAUUUUUGUCAGAUUAAAAGUGUGUCUAGAUGAAAAUAAAUUUAUUAUAUGUGUUUGAAACAAAAAUCUUCAUGUGUCCAAAACUGAAAAUAUCUAAACGUAUAUUUAUUUAUAAUCAUAACUUUAAAUUAUUCUAUUUUUAUUAAAAAAUUAUUUUGUAAAAAAAUAGCGAUUUUCAUGCAAAACAAUAUAAUUGCAUUUUUCUAGACUUUGUACUAAAACCAUAAGACUGCAAAUAAAAUCAUAAAAUAAAAUUUCCACUAAAACUAAAAAAUUAUAUUUUUUGUCAAGACUGAAAAAAACUAUAUUUUUUAACAGACCUGUAAAAUCCGCAAAUUUAUAUUUAGGGUCUGAUUGGUGACCAUCCAGAAAACAAGAUGAACGAAUAAAAAAGGAAUGUACGGGAAUAAAAUAGCAGAAAUGAAUAAGAAUGGUUGUUCCUUAUCAAAUUUAACAAGGAAUAAUUUUGUUCUUUGAUUCUCUACACAAAAAA